UGGCCAAUUUACCAGUCACAUUGAAAGGCCUAUAUAAUGGCGAAACCUUACUAUCUUGUAGGAGCUUCCAUGAGUAGGGGAGAAGAAUCUAUGUUGGGAGUGGGAAUUAUUGUGGGGCAUGAAGGGGUCGGAACAGCAGUCUAAUACAAAGUAACCUGCAAAUACAUUGCCGGUAACUUUGUACCGGCCUGGCCUUACCUAGUAUUUAACCACCUGGGCUGGUGAAAUACCAGCCAGGUGGCAAAGCCUACCUCUGCAUGCUGGCAGACUACAGAUAAUUACCAUACAAGUCAACAGAGGCUCAAUGCUGCCUGUCUGCUUGCAAUCACCCCCAUGUACCAUUUAUACCUGUUAACUUCACAGGUUUCCCCAGUUCUGGUCCCUUCCCCACAGGAAUUUGAACAAGCAUAGAAAACCUUCAGCAAUGUAAGAGGAGCUCUCCCAGUAGGCCAUGUUUAUACGCCAAACAGGCGAGGCUUAUAUUUUUCAGCGGCGCGCUAUGUGCUCUUCUGAGCUCCCCACAUUGUAAUGUUGGCACCUCUGAGUCUGGCUAUUGCCUUUACUAUGCCUGAAGUGGAUUAUUAUAACCCAAACGCAUUUACACAGCCUAAUUGGCUAAUUAGCAGAUAAUUUAGAUGCGUGCUGCUAACAAAACUAAUAUUUGGGCAACCACAUAGUAUGCAUCUAUAGAAAUUGCUGAUCAGCUAUAUAUUUGUAUAUGCAGUUUGGUUUUAAAGAUACUAACAUACUAGUCUGGGAAAAUGACUUUGCAUCCAUCUCCAUAUAUAUAAGCCUGGGUGCAGGUCCGAAAAAAUCGAUAAUACAACAAUGAAAGGAUCCGCACUCGACUCACUUUGAAUAUGGCAAGAGAGCUAGCCGAAACGUCAGUCUUCUUGCAAUAAUGUAUCGUUAAUCAUAAGUACUAUUUUAAUAACAUUUCACAGCGUCUUAUACACUAUUCUAAGGAACCAGCAGCUCUGAUUACAAUGUUAGACUGCACUAAAGACUUCUUAGUUAGUACUCUCGAAUAAAGAGCUUGUUCUCGGCAACUAAACCACUCUUCGCGUUUCAAGCCUCGUUCCGGCUCGAGAACCGUAUAGAAAUGGUUUCUUAGCAACAAGCGCUAGGGUACUACAGCAUGUACACAUCCUGGUAACCAGAGCGCAAAGUUAAUGAUAGUUUUACAGAAUGGAGCCAUUACCGGCUGUCUUCUACGGACAAAUAGACAGGAAGAAUCCCGUAAUAGCAACGUUUGAAAAUGAAAUUAGCCAGCUGCUCGGUUACAUUAGGAGAGUGCGGAGAGCACCCGGCGGGAUACCAAGACACCAGGACUACAGAAAGGGCUCCAGCACCUUGUUUCGCAUUUGGGUCAAAUAUAAACCUCGCCUGCCUACCUGGUAUUAUCAAGAAAAGCUUCUUAAUGUUGGAGACAGCCUUGUUCUGAUGAAACAAUACAAGCUUGCUCUUUUUCAGUGUUAUGGACGCUACCUUGAACAGUUCUGUUCAGAGGAGAUAGAUGAAAUCACUGAUGUCACGCAAUUUAAAUCAACAUUUUUCCCUGAUGGAACAGAUAAUAAAAAUGCAUCCUUGACGUUCCACGCCUUACAAGGAAGAUGCAUUUGCUUGUAUCAGUUGGUGAAGAUGAGUGAUGUGAAUCUUCAAAAUCCAGAGUCAUUGAAGAAAUGUGUCAGUAUACUGUCUUUCCUUCAACUCAUCAUGCAGGUUGUCCUACCACAGGAACAGCUCUGCUGGCUGAUUUUCAAUGGUUCAAUUCAUAUUUACACUAUAUGCAGGCAUCUAAUGGUCUUAGGGUAUUCAUCAAAGGCACUUGAGUACCUUUUGUGGGCAAGUGUAUGCAUGGAAUCUUCAGUUCCACUUCUAUCUAUUCAUUACCUAUCAUGGAGAGCAACACUGUACACUGCUGUCUGCCAGUGCUAUUAUGACUGCCAAGCAGGUGUCCAUGGAGAGGUGUUUGCUCGCCGUGCUCUCAGUAAGAUCAAUGAGCUUAGUCAGCUUGAAAAUAUCAGCAAUUCUUCAGGCUCUGAAGAGGCAAAAAAAGUAUUUACAGAGGCCACCGCUAAGAUAGCGGUUAUGAUCUUCAAACGAGCAGUUUUUGAGUCAAGAAGAAAACCAAAAGGCAUGCUUCGGCCAAAGCAAAAAAGCAAUUUGAAGGAUGUUGAAAAGUUACCGUGGCCUCGAACCAACACAGAAAAACUCCUGGUUGAGAUGUUUAAUAAUGGCGCUGUUCAGUUUUUAGCAAUCAUAGAAGCUCUCUCAGACAGUAACAGGAGAGUCUUGCAGGGUGGACCUCCAGUACCAGAUGAACCAGAAAUACAUGAUGUGAUCGCAGAGCUCUUUUUUGCAGGGACUGAUCUAGUCUCAGGUGGCAGCAAUAAAGGAGAAUGUGGAUCUAGUGGCCAUUCCCAAACUGAACUGCUUAAAUUACUGGAACAGGCUUCACUUCUGGAUUUAGCUUUGAAAGAAAAGGAUGCCGUUUCUGCAGAAGCUGUUGUGAAGUUUGCUAAAUUAGCUUUUAGCUAUGAACAGUGGGAUGUUUUUGAUACGAUUGUAAUGCAAGUUUAUACUUUCCUACAGGCCCAGGAUGAUAACAAAUGGAAAGUGGAUGAAAUGAAUCUCAAAAUCCUUAUUGCAGCAGAACCAUUGUUGUCAGGAAGAAAGCAAAAACACCACCUCCAGAGUGAAGAAAGAAGCAUGGAAAUACUAAACAAAACCAGAUCACUGGCAAUAGUGGAUUUAAUAGAUUACCAUGGUGACUCUUUGCACGACAGAGCACAGGAUGAUCAUGUAACUCUGGCUGAAACUGUCUUUGUCUCUGUUUGCUGUUUGUUACAGGGUAUUCAGCCUGACAGAGAAAUUAUCAUUGAUGUCAUCUUGUUCCUGUGGCAAAAAUGCAAAUUUGCACUCCAGAGAAUCCAAGCAGCUGAUGGUCCCAAAUUCAUCCACAAAUGUGAAGUGAGCAGCAAGUGGAUAUAUAUUCUUUGUCUUAUUUAUGAAGUGAUGCAGCACUGCAGAAUAAUAGACACUAACCCUGUCAUCAUGGCAGAAGCUGCAUUAAAAUUAGCUGGGGUUUCUGAAGGCAUCGCUGAUUGCACAAUCAAAUAUGGCAGGAAGCCAGAAAAAUUUUCUGAAAAAGUGAAUGAUGAUCCAGCAACUCAAGGUCCAUAUGCUGCCAAAUCAAUACAAUUAGAGAAAAACCCAGUGACACAAUUGACUUUUGCAUAUGAAACUGCAGAAAAGGCAAUAAAAGAAAUAUCACUUGCACGCUCACAAGGCUGCAUACCAGAUGAUUCAUCGGUGAUUGACCAUUACUGUGUUAUGUUGGGUGUGAAGAGACAACAUUUAAAGAACACGGCUGUGGAACAGAACAGCCCUUCCAAAUCACUUGCAAAUAAUGGGAUGGUAAUGGAUUUGCAGCUUGAACUAAUUGUGACUCAGCACCGCGUGUCAGUCAAACUUCUCAAUCUGUUGCAAGGUGAGCGUGAACAAAUAAAAUCAUUAAAAUGUUUCCGUAUGAGCCAAGGCAACACUGAGUCUUCAGUUUUACCAACAGAAUCUGACAUCAUUGGGAAAAUUAAGAGAAACAAGCUAUCUAAAGCCAUCUUUUUAAUGGAAAAGGCUGUGCUGUUUAACAAAGGACUUGGAAGUAUUUCUCCUAAUCAACUUCUGGAGGAUUCAGAGAAACAAAUUCGAAAACUUGAAGCCGAAGAAAAUGCUGUGUAUUUAUCAUGUGUUAAACAAGACCGACCAUUGAGGAGUGGGAACAAAAGUGUGCCACCUCCACCUCUUUUAAUUUCUAGAACAGAAGAGUCAAUGGUAUUUAAACCAACUCCAUUCAAGUCGGAUAUUAAGGUAUCUUGGUAUUGUUUGUUUGGAAGAUGUGUUAAUGGUCCAGAUUUAAAAGUUCGUCUGAAUGACCAUCACCUUCAUGGAACAGGAGAAGAGAUUCCAGCAAGAAGUGGUAACUUACUGGAAGUUAAAGGUCUAGAAGCAAAUGAAAAAUAUAUAUUUGCAGUUGCAGCAUAUUCAUCUGAUGGAGUUCUUAUUGGUGAUUCAAUUGGAGAAUCCACCAAACCAAUCCUUGCCUUUCCUGCUCUUUCAGUUCCAAUGACUUGGGCAUAUCUGGCACAGAGUGCUUAUCAUAUUGGUAACUAUACCAUGGCUAAGAAAGCAGUUUCAGUUCUUUGGAAUUACUUUGUUUUACAACCUGUUUCUCCUCAAACUCAUAUGGCUGUUAUUUCUUCAAGUGACCAAGAUUAUGUAUGUCAGAAGAGGUUGUGUCUUGAUGUCUUAUCAAAGUCAUCUCCCAUAAUGCUGCAACAUUUCCUUACAAGCAUAUUUUUAUUGACUGACAUCAACAUAAAGGAAGGGGGACUGUUUUGUGACUGUCUCUGUAACAAUGGAGUUUUGAAGAAGUUGCAGAUUUGUCGAAUAGCUGAAUGUGAAAGAAUGUUAGUGGCUCUUGAUGUCAGUACUUGGCUGAAUGAUGCCAACUAUGCCCUUCAAGCUGUUGUUCAAUGCUAUGGUCUGAUUGUUCCAAUAAUCUAUCACAGGAUCCCUUCUGUUCCAGUUGUCCAGAUACUAAUAAAAUGCCUAGCUGUUCUACAAGAAAUCCCAAGCAGCACGUGGCAGAGAAAGCAGGCAGCUGUUGCUGAGGGAGUCCUGCACAUGAUUGCCUGCAUAGUGUAUUAUGUGGCAAAGGUACUCCGUACAUGGGAAGAAAAUGAAUUGGCAAUAGCUAUAAUUGAAGACGGAAAAAAAAUGCUUGAUAUUUCAGAAACUACUUCAACCUUUUGCCUCUCCUCACAAUCAAAAAUAAAUGACACAGAAAAAGCAAAAGAUAUAGGCGAUAAAGAAAAGGUUCAGUUGUUGAGGAAAUGCCAGAAAAAAAAGCCAGUGAGUGAAAAAGUGAGUGAACAAUUGUCAGCACUAGAAUUGCACCUGCAGAAACUGACUACACCAUCGGAUGCAGCAGAUCUUACGGGACAUGAGGAUCCCAUGUUACUGCAUGCUGUGGUUGCAUGCUGGCCAACAGUUACAGCUUACAAGGAAGUUAUGAAAUUUAAGAAGAGAUCUCGGUUCCUGGAGUUUUUUGUGCAGCUUGUGCAGAGAGUUGUGUAUGAAGAAAAGUUUCAGAGAGCACUUGAUUGGGCUAGCAUGGUGUUGGACUACUUGAAAAGGAGGAAUGAAAAUGUACUUGGGAUUAGCCGAACUGAGGCUGGGGAAGAUGCAGUUCUAAGUGAUUCUUUUAAAAGAUAUACAGCAGCACUGAUCGAAUAUCACAAGGAUAAGGAGCAUUCAGCAUUAAAGAAAGAAAGAAAGCAUAUCAAACCUGAAAAAAACAAGGAAAGAUUUCCAGUAAAAACGAGAAAGAACACAAAGCUGUCUGAUUCACACAGAACCUUGGGGGAAGAUCCUGAGAAGCAGGCCUUUGCAACUCUUCGAAAGCUGUUGCUUCCAAUUGCUUGCAGAUACAUUAAACAUAAGAAGCUUAAUAGUAUCUGCACUGAAGAGAUGCCUUGGAGAUCCCAGCUGAACCUUCUACUGGCAUACAUUCACUUCAGCAUGUUUAGAAGUAAGCUGGAUAAGCUGCCCAGCAACGAGUCUGGGUGGGCUCACAACUCUGCAAGAGUUUUGGAUCCUGAAUUAUUUGCUCUACAUCAUGCUGGCACUGUUGUCAUGACAACAGAAACAACGGUCCUGGAUGAGCGAAUAGGGAGUCCAGGUCACCUUCAUCCCUCACUUAAACUAGAUCUUACAUCAGGAACCAAACUAAGUGAUUCAAAUGAUUUUUCUGAGGCAAGUACCAAAAGAAGUGAACAUGACACGCCUCGAACCCAAAUGACAAAUGACACAGAGGAUUCCUACCAUACUGUAAAAGAGCAAGAAAAGCCAAGCAUGUUAUCAGUCAUUCUGUUGGACCACCUAGGAAAAAUAUAUAUUCAUCUUAAAAGAGCAAUGGUGCUUGCUCAUCGGGCUCAACACUGGACACUCCUUCAAAAUACCUGCCGUGCUCUUUGGAAUCUGACCCUUGAAUUACAGUUAAUCAUUAAAAAACAUGAAGUCACUAAUGGAAGACUUGCUUUGAACAGAGACCAUCUCAACAAUGAAAUAUGGCUUCCAUUUUACUUGGCAGCAGAUUUGAUUCUAAACAUGAUAGUGAUCCUCCAGAGUACUGGUGCAGUCCAGGUUAUUGACCACGAUGAAGCAUUUAGUGUUCCAAGCUGUAUGGGCGGGCCUGCAUACGAGGAAGGUGGAUCUAAUCUGACAUUUGAAUACCCUCUUGAUGAUGUCAGUGUCACUGAUAUGCGAUGGGUGCAUGAUCUAGUCCUGAAAGCUAUUGAACUUUUAUAUAAUGUACAAAGAUGGGAAUCAUUGGUUCAUCUAGCAGUACAGUUUAAUUUACUGACUCAUGAGCGAUAUACAGAACAAGUAACACCAUUGCUGGUCCAUGCACAGAGGAUGUCAGUUACUAGAAUGCAUGAAAGAAAUAGUUCAGCUACAGCUAAGACUUUUUCCAAUAAAUACAUAGUUGGUUCUGAAGAAAAGAUAAACUGCAGAAACUAUAUUGGAAUGGAAGUUCAUGUUGCUGUGAGUUCUACAAAAAUGAAAAAUCCUGGAAGCAGAGUUAAUUGGAAAGGACAAACUGUUCCAUCAGAUGGAGGAGAAGUAAAAAUGCUUUCAUGUGUGCCUCUAGAUGUGAUGGAUACUUUAGCUUGCUUUCGAGAGACCCUACAUAAAUCAAAGUAUUCAAGUAGAGCGCUCAGACACAGCAGGAAAUUACUUGCUUUAUUCCUUGCUUAUGAUCAAGGGUUAAAUGUAAGAGAACAAGUCAGCAGCCCUUAUUCUGCACUUGGUAAAGUAGGUUUUUCUGCAGGGGCUCUGAAAGCUCACCAGCCGGUCCCUCCGGACCUUUCAGAAGAAGAAUUUCAUUCUGUGCACUCGAUUGAAAGCAAAGCCCUCCCUCCAUCCCACCUUUCAUUUGUUAUAACGUCUUAUGACAAAACAGUUGAAAUCCUUCAUUCAGAAAACCAGCAAGGUCUUAAAGCACAAGCCCUCCAUGAGCUUGGCAAUCUUUACAUGUAUGCAGGAAAUAAGAGGGCUGCUUUCAAAUGCUGGUGUCAGGCCCUUGAUGAAACUCUCAACUUGUCUGAUACCCUUAAUUCAUGGCAAGAACUUGAUAGCUCCCCAGACAGCAUAUGCAAUGGAAGAUCUAAAGAUUACAGUGAGAAAUUUCUCAGCCAAGCAGGCAUUUGGGGUUGUUUGCAGGCUGCUGUCAUCACUGCUAAAAUGUCUCGGUACAUACUGACAUCCAGUUUAAGAAAAAGAACAGAAUGCUGCAUACUUUCAGCUUUACUGUUCAAGGCCUUGCUUCUAGCAUCUCUGCCACAUCCAACAGAGAAUCGUGAUUAUGCACUAUAUGAAAUUGGAGAGGAAUGUGAAAUAUCAGAAUUGAUUCCUGGAAUAGAUCUGUUUUCUGAUCGAUACAGGGCUGAUGUCGCUGUUGUUGUAGGAAGUCUAAAUUUUGUCAUUUCCGAAUUACACACUGCUUCACAGAAUCUCAUAGUUUUGCCAUUAUUCACAUUGUACCAAUACUUUGUUUCCAUGAUUUGUCGUGACCCUGUCAGAUCUGUGGAAGGAAGGCUUCUUAAGAUUAAUGUCCUAACAGAUCUGCAUCUGUUUACGGAGGCCUUCCAUGAAAUUUGCCUCCUAAAUCAUGGAAAGCGAAUUCCCAGCAGAACAAUUCAAGGCUUCAAACAUAACGCAAAGCAAUUGAAUUUUUCCAAAUUUUCAUCUUCAGUGACAUUGCUCUCAAGUGAAAACCUACAGGCAAUACAAGAAGUGUUUAACAGGAAACCCAGUGCAUAUCUACAGUCUGUGUGUGACCAGGACACUGUAAAUAAAUUUGUGCUGGCUAAAAUGCAUUUUAUUGUCAAGUUAUCUUCAACAAUUAAUGCAAUCCCCGAAGCACAGAGGAAACCCAGUAAUUCUGGAACUGAGAACACUGCUGGCAGCCAAGAACUUGAGACUGGUAUAGCAGGAAACAAAUCCAAAGAUGUUGAAGAGUCAGACUCUCUUUCUUUAAACCAAGAUCUCACGCAAUCAGAAUUAAAGGGUAAAUUAUUAAAUGAGGCAGAGGAAAGGCUAAACAGAAUUGUUCAGAAUUUGCAGGAGAAAUAUGAAUGUCAGCUCUCACAGUGUUCUGCAGUGGAUUUAAAAAUGGCAAUUGAAGCAAAACUCCAACUGUCUGAGAUUGCUCAACAGAGACAUGAAACUGCUUUAAGCGUGGCUUUGGCAUAUUCCACUAUGCUUUUACUUCAUAAGGCGAAUAUUUUUAUUAUUAAGCCCCAAAAGGACGAGAAACAUGUCUAUUCAACAGGCAAGCAGCACAUGGUGCUUAAUUUAAAGGAUGAGCAAGCAUCUACAAUUUUGGAACCAGAACUGCCCAGUGAAGUGGAAGCUUUAAAUCUUAUUGACAUACGUUUAUGGCUUAGAUGUCGCCUUACUCUAGUCUAUAGUCUUGCAGCACAACUACGGGGUGUAGCUCUUAAAGAGGAAAACAUUUUAUACAGCUCUAAGAUCAUAACAGAAGGAGUUGUAGAGGCUGAGUCACUUAGUGACAGUGAGACACAAGCCCACCUUAUGCUUCAGCGAGCCUAUCUUCAUAUUCAAGAGGGCCACUCCAAGAAAGCAGUGCAACCUAUGCUACAGAAUAUAAUCACUUUGCUGAGUGAAAAGCAUUUUAUGUCUCCAGCGGCAUGCCUAACGUUUGCUCAAAGCUUGCUUCUCUCAGCUGACAUAAUAGAAAUGGAAAAUGGCAGCGACCAGCAAUUGUUCUGGGACAAACAGUUACACUUUUUGACUUUUGCUCAGGAAAUUAUCAUUAAACAAAUGAUAUCCCUUGGUGAAGCUAUUGAGUACCAUGUGAAAAAGCCUAUGAUUACAUCGCCUGUGCAGCCUCUAAGAAAUAUUUAUUUGCCCCAUAUCAAUUUAUUGGGCAAAAUCAAACUGAGAAUUGGCCAUGUCCUGUCUAUGCAAGCUUCUUCUACAUCAUCUGAUAUGCCAAGUCUUAAUCUGUAUACCACAGCACUGGAACUUUGCAGGGUAUCUUCUUUCCGAGAAUAUGAUCUGGAAGCGGAAUUGCUUUUUCGAAAAGGCAAAGAAGAGCACAAAAUGUUUGAAUUAGGUGACCUUGAGAAAUGCUCUGCCAUCCAGUCAUUCUCUGAAGCUAUUCUCAUAAGCCAAAAUUAUGAUCAAAACUUUAGUUUAAUAAGAAAGUCUUAUAUAGAAAUAGCUCUCUUAUACCUUCACCUAGCAAAUAUGGAUGCAAACAGGGCAGGUUCCAAGGAUUCUUCAUCAGUGCGAGCCAAAAUUGCCUCCACAAAAGGAAAGGUGGAUAAGGUAAUGGAAGAAGAAGGCAAUAAAAAUAUGCUGAGCCUAUCAGAACUCUACAGUGUUCUAGCAUGGACUGCAAUAAGAGCGGCCACACAGGUGGGCAUUGCCAUGGUGGCAUUCAAACAGUUUAUUGGAAUGAACAGUGUUAGUGCGCAGAGCCUUAACACCACUUUGCACGGGAAAAUCCCAAAUUUUGCUUCUAUGGACCUUCUUGCAUCUUAUAAGAACUACUUGUCAGGUGAAGGCCAAGAAACGGAUAAAGGUCCCCAAAGAGAUGAAAGUUUUACAGAUAAUCUUCCUAAAGAAACAUUGUCCUGGGUUCAUCUGAUUCGCUAUCAUAAUCAUCUGUUGAGGCUAAUGAGCAUGAUUAAUAUGUCUGGUUCCUCAACAUCACUAGAGGGAAACUGGCCUUCAGCUGAUACCUUGUUCUCCUGUGUUUUUCAACAUGGGGUUACAGUGCGCUUUGCAGAAAUGCAUCAGUUUCUAAAGAAGAAUCUUGACUCUUAUGCCAUAUGUUGUGUGAAUGACUUUCCAAAGGAAAUUCUGCUUGGCAGUGAGAAUUCUCUCACUGGGUUUAGUGUGUCUCAUAAGACAGUCUCAGAGAGCAAAAAACUACUGUCUGCAAUAUCAUCACAGAAGAUACCAGCCACUGUCUUUACAGAUACCAAACAAGAUGUCCCACAUGAAGAAAUAGCAACUACUUCAUUUGAGGAGGAGCUUUGCAUACAGUGGUAUUCUCCAUCUUUGGAACAAAAGAAAUCUAUGGUAUUGUUGUUAUAUGCCUACAAUAAAAAGGGUUUGACAGUCAAAGAUCCUAGCAAAUGUGAUCCAGGGAGCCUUUUGUGUGGCCAUGUCUGGCUGCCUCUUUCCCAAGUUUGCUCACUACAGGAGAAGUUGCACGCUUUGCGGCAGAAGGCAGAAUCCACUCUCCAGUCUGAGAAAGCUGCAUUAGUAACAGACGGUGGAGUUAAGAUGAAGCAGUUAGCCCAAUCAGCAAAAUCCAAAACUAACCUAAGAACAGUCUCUGUUCCUGAGGAAAUAGAGAAAAAUGUCAAGCAGCUUUGCUUUGAGAUACAGCAGUUGGUACGCCCUGAUCAGGAUCCAAAGGCAUUUACUGAGACUCCAUUUGACAUCACUCUGCCAUCAUUAAUCAGACUGGAGAGAAUGUUUGACCUGACACACGGCUGUAUGUUAAUGAAGGGAUGUCUUUUAGAUUGGAUGGUUUCACAGCUUACCUAGGAUGUACCAAAUGUUAUCUGCUUAGGUGGCGCUUCUGUUACACCAGUGCUUGAUCGGUGACUUUCACUAAACCAUUUAAGAUGAAAUAAACACAGUUCUAUUUAUAA